UUCAGUGGCAGCUGGACACCCCCAAAAGCACCAAGCUGCUGGGCGAAGAGAGCGAAGGCUUCUCGCCGAAUUGCCUGGAAAGAGAAUUGGGCUAAACUGCCCCUGCCCCGGCCUGACUUGGGAGUCAGUAGGACGCGGCUGAGUUUCUAAGGCUUUGGCGAGUUUCUCAGGCUUUGGCGUGUGAAUGUGUGGGGUGUAUUUUCCUCGGCAGGGAUCGUGCUGUGGGGAUGAAUUCCACCCGUUCAUUGAAGCUCUCCUCCCUCAUGUGCGGGCCUUCUCCUACACAUGGUUCAACCUGCAAGCCAGGAAGCGCAAGUACUUCAAGAAGCACGAGAAGCGGAUGUCCAAGGAUGAGGAGCGCGCCGUGAAGGAUGAGCUGCUGGGGGAAAAGCCAGAGAUCAAGCAGAAAUGGGCAUCGCGGCUGCUGGCCAAGCUCCGCAAAGACAUCCGCCCUGAGUUCCGGGAGGAUUUUGUCCUGACCAUCACCGGUAAGAAAGCGCCGUGCUGCGUCCUCUCCAACCCGGACCAGAAGGGCAAAAUCCGCAGGAUUGACUGCCUGAGGCAGGCCGACAAGGUGUGGAGACUGGAUCUUGUAAUGGUCAUCUUGUUCAAAGGGAUCCCGCUCGAAAGUACUGACGGGGAGCGGUUGUACAAAUCCCCGCAGUGCUCCAACCCGGGCCUCUGUGUCCAGCCGCACCACAUUGGAGUCACAAUUAAAGAACUGGAUCUUUACUUGGCGUAUUUUGUUCACACUCCUGGUAAGUCUGCUUCCCACAACCGGUCCCCAUCACUGCUACUUGUUCUGGUGUUGAAUUUCCCCAGGGAUCUGGCUGGUUCCUUCUCUCUUUCUUUUCUCAUUCCCUCCUCCAACCUUUAUCUCCGUCAUUAACAAAUUGGCCUCUGUUAUUUUCUUGUGCCAAUGCCCCGUGGGCCUCAGCGCCUUCUGGAGGGGCUUGUGGUUUGCCCCUCGUCUUCGUACCCACGAUGCGUGGUGAGACGCCCCCAGUUUUGCACGGAGGUGGGGAGGGGCAGUCGCUCGUGCACCCGUACCCGUGAAAUGCCCACUACUCUGCAAACGGCGACUUCAGAAACAAAAAGAAAGAGAGAAAAGAUUCAGUCCGGGAGGGGAAGCGGCGCAGUUUCAUUCAGGGGAGCUUUCCUUUCCCUUUUGCUUUGAUGGUCACCGAGAACCCGUCUGGAUUUUGUUGGUUUCUUUUGUUGGCUGAGCGGGGGGCCGAGGGGGGAGGCUGUGCCGGUGGCAGGGGAACCGCAGCACAUCCAACUCGGCGGUGCUGGGCACUUUCCCACUGUGUGGUGGUGGCAGCAAUCCGGCAAUUUGAGUGGGCACCGUCCCAGGCAGGAAGCUGGUUCUCGCGAGUUCCUCCUCUCGUUUGCCCCUGCCCCAGACACUGUUGUCUUCCAGAUUCCCCCUCUGUCUCUGGGUUCUUCUUGUCUUUUUUGGAAAGUGGGGCUCUCUGGGGGCGGGCGGGGUGGGUCGUCAGAUCCUCCCUUCGCAAUUGUCUUUUGGCUUUGGUUUGGCUUCCAAUUGAAACAGAAAGGCCUGGUUAAUUUUUAGCCUUUGCCCGGAUACACCCAAUUUGCUGCAGACUUUGAAAUCCAAACGGGCCGGUGGAGUGUGAUCCCGUGUUUACAUUUUGCUCAACUAACUUGUAAUGAAGAGGUUGACCAGAAUUUCCUCCUCCUCUCCCCCUCCCUUGCCCUGUCUGUCUCUGGCUGCGUUUCUCUCCUAUUUCUGUCUUUCCUUCUGUGACUUUCCCGCUUUCUGUCUUUCUUUCUCGGAUUCCUCUUGCCUUUCUGUCUUUUCCUGCUCUCUUCCCUCGGGUCUCCCGCUGCAUCCAAACUUCCCCAGCCUUUCACAGGGACCUUAGUUACUGCUCCCUCCUUUUCUUCCCGUCUCUCACUGUCCUCGUCAGAACGGAGGCAGCGACCAGAGCAGAUCUUGCAGGAUUCGGGCUUCAGCUGUGCUGGGCCUUAGCAAUGGUUUCCUUGCGAGCGUCUGUCUCCUAAGUGGUUUGUAUUUUAUAUCUCCCACCGUCCUGCCAGGGAGGCCGUUUUGCCUCUGGCUUGUGUGCGUGCGCCAGGGCAGCAUCUGUGCGCGCAGGUUUGGUAGGCCUAGCGCGCUUGCUGCCAUACAGCUCGGGAUCGCCGGCCGUCCCCCGCGCACAAUUUGUUAAAAGAACGAACCUGCAAAAUGAAAUAAAACAGGGAAAGGUCGGGCAUGUAGAUCCGCACACGCAACCCCUCGCACACGUGUGUGCAAACACUAAUGCGCGACACGGUCAUGCACACACAGAGCAUCAGCACGCAAACAAACACCCGCCUGCCGAACCCUGGCACGGAACCCCAAUGUGCACAAAAAACCCAGUGCAUAUGCGCACGCGUGGAACCCCAGUGCUUGCACACACACAGAACCCUGCACACACGGAACCACAGUGCAGGCACGGAACCACAAGGUGUGCACACAUAAAACCCAGCACACACGUGUAUGUGGAACCCCAGUGCGUGCGCACACAUACAACCCAGCACACACAUGUGCACGUGGAACCCCCGUGCGUGCGCACGCACAGAACCCCAACGCACGCACAAGUGCACCCCAAUACAGAGGACCCCGUUCCUCAGCCCCUCUGAGAACCACUGAGGCCCCGCAGAGCCCCAGCGCCCUGACCCCAGUGGUCCCAUCCCCGCAUCUCGCAGGCUUCGAGCUGGCAAAGGAAAC